AUGGAGCAGACCAACGACCCGAACUCCUCCAAACUCGGCCUCACCUCUUCCGGGACACAAGCUACCGUCAACUCCCACAGUGCGAAUGACCCCUUCACGCAGACCACCGAUGUCGACAGCGGGACAUUCUUCUUCGAACUCCGCUUCACCCGCGCUGGCUCUGCAGAGGUCCAGAUCAUCCAAAGCAGUGGUCCAAUGACUGACUUCUGGCCUCUCUCCUCACACGUGGGGCAGCCUCUGAGCCAAAAAAUUGAUUUCUGUCCCACUCGGCUCGGCUCUAACUGCAUCCUCCGCCGAAUUAUGGCCGAAAACAUCAACAGCUGUACCCUGGAGCCCGGGAGCGAUCUUCUGUCGGUCUGGGUCGGAGAGCUGCCUGUUCAGGCAAAUACAGCCAAGCUAGCUCAAAGGAAGGUAAGGCUGUUCAAGGGCGCCAUUCGCUCCUCCCGAAUCGUCCUUCAAUCUGUCGACCUUGCUUACAUCUCUCUGACACCCAAUCUCACUCUGAGCCCGCACAUAAUGAACGACACCCAUGCCCGUAAGACUCCUACGCCCCCUCCAACCAUGGCCGAGAUACACCCUGCCAACCCCUCUCCCCGUCCCAACAAGCAGACAGCCAGUGUCGAGGGCGAGAUAUACCUAUACCACCUUCAACUGACCUUUGGCGCGAGGACGGACUCGGAUGUCCAGGUCAUCCAGGUCGAUGGGACGCGAGAGGACUUCCUACAUCUCUGCGAGCACAUAUACUUGCCUCCCGCUCAGAGAGUGCCAGAUGCUUGUCCGUCCGGACUGAACGGCCGAGACUGCGCUUUACGCCGGAUCCUGGCGGACGAGACGCGCAAUAGGACGGUAUUGGGGGAUGGAACGGAGCUGUUAGGGAUGUCUUUCGAGCGCGAGAAGCUUGUCCGGGAUGUUGCAUCGGCGCGUGGGGAGAAGGGGAGAGAGCUCGAGAAUGAGGGAGAGAAAGAGAGGGGAGAGGCGAAGGGAAAGGAGGAAGAGGACGCGAGGCAAGGAGCCGCCGCCGUGAUAGCGGGAAUUUCCGUACUUCGUAUGUCCGCUUUAGCUAGGAUGGCUACUAGGAGGAGAACCCCAGUUGUGUAG